AUGAUUGAUAAAAAUAAAGAUAUAACAGGAAGACUUAAACUAGAUUUACUUCAUGGUUUUGGUUCACUUAGCAGCAAAGGCUAUAGAAAUUGUAUUAGCAUAUUAGAUCAAGAAAAUUUUAGAAAAGUAGUAUUUCCACUUGGUCAGUAUUUGGCUGUCAAAUAAAUUGAUUUUUAGGAUAUGAAUUUCAUUAAGUUAGAUGAAAAAACUGAAAGCAUUGUCAGCAUGGCUAUAUGCACUAAAAAGAUGGUUGCUGCAGUUUGUGAAAAAUAAUACUAGUAAGAUGCUUCUGAACAAUAAUAAGACCAAUACCAUUAUUAAUCUAAAUAUUCAAGUCAGCCAAGACCAUUUUUGGCAAUUUAUAGUUUAUCAGAUAAAAAAAAUUAAAUGGUUGAAAACAGGUCUUUUAUAUAUGAUAAGGAUACACAAAUGAGCUCAUUUGUUGCUUUGAGCUUUUCAUCAGAUGGCAGGUACCUUGCUUGCCUUACUGGUCACCCAGAAUAUAAACUUAUUUUCUUAGAUUUAAAUUCAAAUAAAAGAGAAAUUGAAAUUGCAUCAGCGUUUUUAGAAGAAAGGCUAAGAGAUGUACCUUAAAAAGAGAAUGAAUUAAAAAUAAAUAAAAUUUCAGUAUCUCCUAAAGAUUCUCAUUAAGUUGCCCUUUUAGGUCCUGAAAUUUUUAUGAUUGUUAGGAUACAAGAAUCUAGCUUUGUUCCUAUAACUUAAGAAAUAAAGAGAAUGCCUAAAAAAAAAGAUAACUGUAUAUACACUGAUGCUGUUUGGUUUGAUAAUGAUAAAAUUGCUCUAUCUACAUCAUAUGGAGAAAUAUUUAUUAUACAAGACUCUGAAGUUAAACAACAUAUAUAGAGGGUUCUUGAAGAUAGAGAUGAAAGAAUUCCUAUAGACUGUAUUACUCCUUUCUCAAAAGGUUUAAUUGUUGGAUGUGAAGCUGGUAAUUUCGCUGUUUGGAUGAAGGCAGAAGAUCCUGACUUGCCUUACAGUGGAGCUUAAGGAAAGGAAAAAAAUUAACUUAUUGAUUAAUUGCAUUAUCUCAAAGAAUGGAGUGAUAAAAAAGCUAGUGGUGUGUCUGGAAUGGACAUAAGCUCAAAUGAAGAAUUGCUUGUAAUUGCUUUUAAAAAUAAUCAAAUAGCUACUUUAGAUUUAACAAAAGUAAUUCAGUAGGUUCCAUAAAAUAUUAAAGCCCUCAAGAGAGAUCAUAAUUAAAGAGACAGGAGAGAUGUUUAAUUCGAUUAUUUAUAUAAAGGAUUUCAUAAUGGACCAAUCUCUUCUAUCGAUGUUUGUAUUCAGCGUCCUUUGCUUGUAACAUGUUGCAGCUAAGAUAAUUCAAUUAUUAUUUGGAACUAUGCAUCAUAUAAGUGUGAGCUUGCAAGAAAAUUCCCAGUUAGCUUAAAUAAUGAUGAAAUAAACAGGUAGGUACUUUUAUCUGUAGCUUUUCAUCCAACUGGCUACUAUUUAGCAGCUGGUUUUUUUGACAAACUGAGAAUGUAUCAUGUCUUGAAUGAUAAACUUCGUACUUAUAGAGAAAUUUCUGUGAAAAAUUGUACUAUAAUUAGAUUUUCUAAUGGUGGUUAAUAUAUAGCUGCUGGUUCUCCUAUAUCUAAAUUUAAUAAAGGUGCAAAUAUGGGUGGAGCUGGCACUAGUACAAAUUCUCAAUUUUAAAACUCAAAUGCCUUAUAAACUGGAAAGAAAAGUGUGAAUUAUGUAAUAAAUAUUUAUAAUGCUUACACCCUUGAAAACAUAACAUGCCUUAAAGGACACACUGGAGCAGUUACUGACUUAAUUUGGACGAAAGGUGAUAAAAAGCUUUAUAGCUGUGGAGAAGAUGGUCAAAUUUAUGUUUAUACAACAGAUUCAUGGGAAAAGAAAGAUAUAAAGCUAAAAACACCUAAUGUGAAGCUUUAGAGCAUGUUAUAUAAUGAGCCUCAAGGUAUUCUCAUGGUAACAGGUCCUGAUGAUGUAAAUAAAGGAGGAUAUAUUUAAACAGUUAGAUUUAGAGAUGAUAGGGAUGAAAUCUGUGAUACAUAAAUAAUUAAAAAUUAUCAUAUAUCUAGUUUUACUUUUAAUAAAUGCAUUUACAACACAACUGGUAUUAUUGCAGGUACUUCUACUGGUUAAAUUAGAGUUUAUCCUAGCUUGUUUGCUUAGUAGCCAUUUGAUAGCAUUCCUACCCACAACGGAUAGGUUUCCCAUAUAAUAGCUAGUAAAGAUGGAAGAUUUUUAUUUACAGGAGGAAAAGAUGGUAGUGUAUUCAUUUUUAAAGUUUCUGAAUUAAACGCCGAAGGACAUUCAAUCAAAGCAGAUUAAAAUGAUACUGCAUUAGAUAAAGAUUUGAAGAUAGCUGUCGACGAGAAAUUAGCAGAUGUUGUACUUGUUGAAAGAUAAGAAAUAGAUGUUUACUUAGGAGAAUAAAAAAAGCUUAAGGAAGAAUAUGAAAAUUUAGAAAACAAGAUGGAAAUCUAGGCUUUAGAAGAAAAAAAUAAAAUGGAGAGAGAAAUUAAAGAAAUGGAAACAAAAAUGAGAACAGAAAUUAAAUCGUAUGAAUAAAGAUAUGAGGAUCUUAAAUUCCAAAAGAACAGAAAUGAAAAAGAGCAUGGAGGAUUAUUAAAAGAACUGGAAAAGACACAUUUAAAGGCUAUUGAGGAAUUAGAAAAUUUAUAUGAAAAAAAACUAGCCUUCGAAAAUGAAAAAUUCUUAUAAUAAGAAUAGGAGCUUAUUGAAGAAAGAAUGAAAUUUGAGAAGAAGCUUAAAGAAAUUGAAAGAAAGCAUGAUGAUAAUAUAAAUUCUUUAAAAUAUGAAUUUAAUGAUAAUUUUUAAAAAGCCUAAAAAGUGUAUGAUUCAACUAAAUAAACCGCUGAUGAUUUAAGAAAAAUUUAUGAGGAAAGACUAGCUCAGUAAGAAGAAGAACAUGAACAAGAAAUUAGAGAUCUCAAUGAAAAUCAUAAAAAAGAAAUCACUAAACUUGUAAAAGACCUUGCAUUGGCUGAGGAAAAGAAGAAUAAAUUUGAUGAAGAUAAUAAAAAAGCUAAGGAAAAUAUAACUCGUUUAGAUAAAAAAAUUGAAGAUUAGGAUAAUGAAAUUUAAUAUUAAAAAAGUAGACUUACUGAUGCCAGUAAUCAAAUAGAAGCUUUGAAGAAAGACAUUAUAAGCUUAGAAGAUUUAGUGAAGAAGAAAGAGAAGAAAAUACAUGAAUAUAAAUAUAAAAUUAAUGAUCUUUAAAAAUCUAAGCAUGUUCUAUCUUUCCGUACAACAGAAAUGAGAAAGUCUCUUGAACCAAAGGAAGAAUAAAUUGAGAAAUAAAAAGAGUAGUUAUGCAAGCUAGAAAGCGAGUUUGAAGGUCUCCUUAAGGUAUCUGAAGCUAGAAAUGAUAAAAUGAAAAAGAUGCAAAGUUAGAUUGAAAAUCUUAACAAGAAUCUUAAACUUCAAACAGAAUUAACUAAGUAGAAGGAGAAUAUACUGAACAAAAUAAUUAUGGAAAUACAUGAUAGUGUUACCUACAAGCAAGAUCCUAAAGAGCUGGCUCAAGAAAUGCAAAAAUUAUAUCAAACAUAUGUAUUGAAGACAGAACACAAACAGAAGUAAUAUGAUAACAAGGGUGUAUAAGAAAUGGGUAGACAAAUUUAGCAUUUAAAUAAAACAAUACAGUAGAUUAGUGAAUCUUCUAAUAAACUUCUUGAUAGACGUUACUAAGAUAUAUUUAAUAAAACUAAAGAAAAUGCUGAGCUUAUUUAUGACUUAAAUGACAUGAGAAAAUAAAAUAAAGAGUUCUAAAGUUAGAUUCUAAACUUAAGGAUGAAAGAAGAUAAAUACAUCAAGGAAAUUGCUAAUCUAAAGACAGAGAUUUAAAAGUUAAAAUUAGGGGGACCUGGAGGAAGUAGCAAAAAAAAUAAUAAUAUGAUGUAAUUGCCACCUGCCUAAUAAAUGCAAUAACAGCAAUAUGACGAAUAACGUUAAAAUGUUAAUUCAGUAUAAUAGACUCAAAGAAACAAUUUCUUCUCACAAUCAUAGGGAUAAGUUCAAUCUAAUUAACGUCCUCAAAGCAUGAAAAUAGGAUAAAAAGGUACAAUUUGCAGAGGAAAGAAUUUCGAUACUAAAACACUCGCUAUAUUUGACAAGGCUAAAAUGAUGGACAUGACAGCUGAAAUGGAAUUAAAUACUUAAAAACUGUUGCAACAAGAAGUGCUUAUUAAGUCUAUCCGUAGAAAGAUACAUAAGCAUGUAAUAGACAGAGCAUGUAAUGAUAUUGCUUUUGAAGAGGAGCUCAUGGCUUUAUAAGCUUAAGAACAGGGUGGUUUUAUACCACUUUAACAAUAAGAUAUUGAUACAAGUGAUGAUAAUAUAUAUCAAGCAGAAUAAAGAUAAUAUUCAAGAAAGUGA